AUGCCACAGUACCGCGCCAAACUCUCAUGCGCCCGGUGUCAGUUUCGCAAGCUAAAAUGCACUCGGACCGAGCCCUGCUCCAAUUGCGCCAGCUCCAAUCAGGACUGUGAAUAUCGGGAGCAAUCCAAACGGCGUCCAAUCUCUCGACUCUACGUGGCAGGCCUGGAAGAUCGGAUCGCUUGGUUCGAGAACUUGGUGAACAGAUUGAAAGCGGCAAGCCCAAGUGAACGUGACGCGAUCCUCGACACGGUAGAUCUCGGCGAUCAUCUCGUGCCGCAAGCUGCGUCCGAGGUAGAUAAAGAAGAGCCUCUAAGCUCCGCUCUCGCUUCUCACUUUAUCGUGGAGAACGAGGGACUGGUAUCCUAUCAUGGUCCAACGUCCAUCUACCGCUUCUCUACUGGGCUGCCGUUACCAGAUCAACUUCGGCCUUUCCCCAACAACACCGUGUCUGGGAAUGCGAGCGAGCUGCACACGGAGCAAGUUGCUCGUGAUUUUGGAAUCGAUCUCCGUGGUGAGUUGAUCACAAUGUCGCUUCGCCACUUCUUUCGAUGGCAAUAUCCGCAUUCCAUGUUCAUUUACCGCGAGGCCUUUCUUCGUGAUCACUUUAGCAACCAUGGCAAUCGUUCAUACUGGUCUGGCCCCUUACUCCUGGCCAUGUGCGCCCUAGGGCUCACCAUGGCCCCAGAGCUGGAAGACAAGAUCAUGAGCGACAGAUUUUUCUCGGCCGCCGAGACGAUACUCCUAGUGUCUGGCAUGGCCCAUCCCAGCAUUACAACAGUCCAAGCUUUUCUCUGCUUGGCCCUGUACGAGAUUGGUCGUGGUCAGCUUUCUGGAGGUUGGAAGUUUUCGGGUAUCGCUUUCCGUAUGGCACAAGAUUUGGGAAUUCAAGAUGAUCCGAGUCACUACAUGGCCGCCGAUAAGAGUACCCUAAGUUCAGAGGAUAUCGAGAUUCGACGCCGCAUUUACUGGGGUUGCUACAUCUCUGAUAAAAUCAUUAGUAUGAUGCUCGGAAGACCUGCGCUACUCUCAGACUCGGAUGCAGGUGUCGAAAUAACUGAACGUCUGCCAGAUUUUCCUGGAAUGGAGGACUGGCUACCCGCCAGCAAUGACGUAGACGAAAGCGGACAGGAGCGUGUACAGCAGCUGGUUCCGUCUUUCCAGAUGCAGAUCCAGCUGGCCAAGAUCAUGCAGAGAGCACUAAACGAGCUAUGCUCCUUUAAAAAGCAUCGUCGCAGGGCUCAAAUUGAUGUGUUAAAUCUGGAACUAUGCCGAUGGGAAACUAUCCUAGACCAGUCACUCCAUUGGAAUAAAUGGCAGGCAACCAGCACUAGAAUUUGUCCGACAAUUGCUGCGCUCCAUAUGCUUUUUCAUAGCCUACGAAUAGUCCUAAACAUGGAGGCCAGCGAUGGUGAUGAAGUCUCUCUCACAUCUGCGCGCAUCGUAAUCGCGAUCGUGCGAAAAUAUCGCAGCCAAUGCAGCCUCAAGCACGCACCAUUCAUAUUCGUCUAUGGCAUUGCAAAGGCUCUACAAGUGGUUGCGUCUUCUGGGAUUCCCGAAGAACAGGCAUAUUUGCUACAGGCUUUGGACGAAUGUUCCGUUACUUGGGCAUUAGCCGGUUAUGUAGCGAAACAUGCGCUUGGAAACUAUCAACAUCAACCUAUUUUGAGCAAGCAAAGGCAGCAAGGCGCAAUAUGA